GUUGUGGUUGGGACCCUUUCCCGCUGGCGGCAUCGAAUAAACAGGGGAGUGUCACUCUAUCGGAAUUACGUGUUCCGUUCAAAUAUGUUUUCGUAAUGCAACAGUUUUCGACUAGACAUCUAUCGGCAUACAUGUACGGGUAAAUUAAAAUCUCACAAUCGACAUGUAACAACUGAAACCGAUCGAAACACUUUCCCAGGGAUAAUAUAUUAUAUGCAACGGCAAAAAAAAACCGGAUGAACAAAAAUUCCGAUCAAAAUAUAUUUCUAUUUUGAUAUGCUCCAAAACAUACGACGGGAUACUCAAGAAACGAACAAAACUGAAAUCAGCGAAACUUUAUCAUGGCGGCCAAGGACCGAGGCGGCAACAGUGCUGGUGGCGGUGCCCGGAAGAAGAAACACGAACCGCCACCGAAGCCUAUACCCGAACAGGACAGGCACAUAUGUGGACUGAUAUGCGUGUGCCAGCUAACGUUCGUGCUGAGUUCCGUUUCGCUGGUGUACCUGUCGGUGGCCAUCUACGUGCCCGGCUACAGGGCUUUCAACGCGGCCAUCGAGACAGUACCACUCAUGUGCCAGACAAUCAACUCGACGGUGUCCAACAACUGCGAGUGGGCGUCAUGCGGCGAGUGGUGUCUGACGAAACCGUCGGGCAACUGUCCUCAGUACCUGGUCACGGUCCGGCACAACGGCACUGAAAUAGGGGUGGAGAACUGCACGCGGCUCACGAGCGUCUCAUGUCCGCAGGCGAAUCCGGAUACACUGAAACGGUACAACUGCAACAACAACAAAGAGUGUUUGGGUCUCACGGGCAUCAUGGCCUGUAGGCUGGGGCACUGCUCUAACAUGUCAGAGCUGUACCAAUGUUACUACAACAAGAGCGGAUCGUCGAUCGACAGCGACAAGGACAAUUUGAAGCUCAACGGUUAUUUCAUCUGUGACAACGGGAGUUGCUUCACGAUUAAAUGGCCUUUUGACUGCGAUCGAUACUGUAACAAAAUCACGACGACGGGAGUGAACGUGUUCCUGCGACUAGGGGACACGGUGCACACGGGCGACUGUCAGCGGGUGGUGGCGUACAACAAGGCCAACGGUAAUGCGGCACACGGGGAACCACUUGCGACACCCAAAGAGAUCUGGAGCGACGAGAACUCCACCAUCGGCAUAUUCAUGGCCAGCUGUAACAGCAUAACGAGAGACAGCGUCAACUCUCUGAGGGCCUCCGACUGCAUCAACGGCACUGUGCUCGAAGAAUCGCAAAUGCCGCAACUGUUCAUCAACUUCACUACGUUCUGGACGAUAUACGAAGCAAGCGAUCGGCCUCUCGAUGAGACCAACACGUUCGUACCCGCGCAAUCCGCCCUCACUGUCUACAACUCUACCAGACUGUACAUCAACCAGCAAGGGUGCGUGAACACGUUGCGCAACGAGUGUAGAGACUUCAGCAUCACACAUGGCCGAGCCGGCGAUAACCACACGGCCCUGAGCCGGUUCCCGUGUUUUUAUACUAAGAACGAUUCGUUCUCGGCGCUGGCCCGUUUUGACUUGAACAAGACGUGGUGGGAACUGAUGGUGGGCGUCACCGUGCCCGGCAUACUGUUCGCCGUGUCGUUCCUGACGUUGCUGAUCGUCCACCAGACGGUCAAGGUGGGCGACGACGCUCGCAUGACUUGCCAGUGGUGCGCGGACGACGACGCUGGAGCGGCGGCCGACGAGCCGUUCAUGAAGCACAUCGACUAUCAGGCAGCUGAGGGCGGAAGCGGCCGCAAGCACCGGAAGCGAGGCGAGCUGCAGGAGCUAAGUGUAAUCGAAGCACUGGUGGCCAGGUCAGCGGACAUGUCCGUUGGUGUCGACGGUAGGCGUCCGGUGGAUGGCCCGGACGUGUAGAGUGACACACUUUUGCAACGUUAUAACAUAAUGAUAUUAUAUCGUUUUGUGUUUAUAAGACGGACGCGCGAAAACCGUCCGGUCAACACCUCCGCCGCCCGCACACGCGACUAAAACGGUAACGCGCGGAAAUCGAACGUCAGGCCGAUAAUUAUCAAUAUUAUGAUAUUAGAACAUAAUAUAACGAUAUAACAAUUAUAGUGUUAUUAUAUUAUCGUAAUACUAUUUUCAUUUCGCGAACGAUUCAAAAAGCUUUUGCAAACAUUUUAUUAUAUUCGGACUCAAAUACAUAAGUAAAUAAAUUAUAUAUUAUAAAGCGUUAUUUUUUCUAUAUAUACUGACUAUUUCAUACGCCAAGUAAUAAAAUAAUAUACGUAAGUAAGGUACGUGUGUUGAGUACACAUUCGCCACGCAUUAUAAGAGCGGAUAAUAUAUGUUAAAAAUGUAUACCUAGGCAAAU